AUGGUGAAUGCAGUGCAACACGCCCGCGUUGCAACAUCCGCCCAACGUAUUGAUUCCCCUUCGCCUGUCGCCGCCCACCAGCCCACUGUCGCCGCCCACCCGCCCACAGUCGCCGCCCACCCGCCCACUGUCGCCACCUUCCCACUGUCAUCGCCCGACCUCUCGCUUGCACGCUUUGCCGCCUUCACCACGAGCGAGAACAGAGGGAGAACACCAAAAGGCAGGUCGGCUAUACAUUUGGGUACCCAAAAGGGGCAGUUCGGGUAUACAUCUGGGUAUCCAAAAGGUCAAGUUUGGUAUACAUUUGGGUAUGUAUCCUUCACAAAGUAUUCUCUUUCUUCCCCAGCGCCCCUGGGAACUCGCCUUAAGGAGAGUGGCAGGGGAGAGGGCAGCGAGGGUAGUGCCCCUGGGGAAGAAGACCCCCUGGCCGAGAUCUCCAGCCUGGAGGAGACGCAGCAGCAGCAGCAUCAGGAAACACAGCAGCUGCAGGAACCAGAGGAACCAGAACUGCCCAGUGAGCCACAACUGCCUCCUGAUGUCCUUCAUAAACACGACGAAACCAUAGUAUUUAAGAUCCUGACUCAGGAAUACAGUGAUGCAGCUGUCGACCUCCUCUGUAACCACUUCUUCAAGGACGAGCCUCUGGGGAAGGCACUCUACCUCGACAGCCCGAGGGAGGUCGACCACUGGCUCUCCAAGGUCCUGCCUCACAUGAUCAGCCACGGUGUAUCAGUGAUGGCGAUAGAUGAGUCAGCCAACGGGAGGCUGGUGGGUGUGGCUAUCAACAGCAUUAAGAGGCGGGGUGACACACCUGGUCCUGACGAUUUCCUGGCCUGGAUCGACCCCCAGAAGGAUCCCAAGAUGUACAAGAUCAUCUCCUUCCUCACUAAACUAGCCAGCGAUAUUGACUUCUUCGGCCAAUACGGCGUUGAUAAGUUCCUCAACUUCGAGCUUCUGAACGUGGACAAGUCGUACAGUGGACGAGGUAUUGCUUCCAUGUUGGUGUUGCAGAGCUGCAACGUUGCUAGGGCUCAAGGUUUUACCUGCCUCGUCACAGAAACUACAGGUAUCUUCUCAGCCAAGAUCUUCGCGCGACACGCCUUCAAGACCAUCCGGGAGGUGCAGUACUCCCAGUACCGCCAGAACGGCCGCAUCGCCUUCCCAAAUACCGGCAUCCAUAACUCAGCUCGAGUCUCCGUCAAAAUCCUAGACCCCCUCCAGCCUAACAGCAGUUAGAUCACCCCAGCUACCCACCUGAACCCCAGCGGCACUGCUGCUGCUGCUGCUCCACACACCAUCACACAUGUCCAACAGUAGUACUCCGUAGCAAGAACCAGCUCCUUCUCUAACUCCAGCUGGCUCCUUUAUCACUUCCGACUGGCUGAAUGAAUCACCUGCAUUUCUUCAACCAAUCAUUGCCAACUACUACCCAACUCAUCACAAGUAAUUGGUCAAACAGGGACAAUAUCUUAGAAGGCAAAUUGUAGCUCUAACACUGCUACACAAGUGUAAUAUAGCGCUGUCUACAUAGCCUUCAGGGACACAGCAAACCCGUCGUCUCCCGUUAUCAACACCUUACUGUUAUCUAUCUCUUAUGCCUUGUAUAAACAUUAUAUUGCUGGAAUUUAAAGGGCCAUACAAGCAAAAACUUUGGUUUUUACAAUGUAUAUUUCUGGCUUCCCACGACAGUUGAGUGAAUCAUAAUACUGACAGGAUAAGUGAUAAGAAUAACCAACAUUCAACCGUAUAGAAAUCCGAAUUUUAUUCAGAAGAGGGUCUCUGGUCAGACCGAAAACGUUCUCUAUUUCAUACUCUUCAAUGUGGGUUAUUCUUAUAAAUAUAAAACUAGUUUCACAGUGUAGAAAAUAUUCUUUAGCUCAUACCAAAUAUCUUGCUUCAAUAAAAAACAAACUGUGGUGUGUGUGUGUGUGUGUGUGUGUGUGUGUGUGUGUGUGUGGUGUGUGUGUGUGUGUGUGUGUGUGUGUACUAACACUUGAUGUAGAGGUCUAAUAAUAUUUACUUACAUGACAAGCGUUUAAGCAUAGUACUGUAUAGUGAAAAUUUCCAUAUAAUUUAAGCCUAUCUUGUAACCAAACCAAUAGCCAGAUUCAGUUUAUUGCUAAUAUGUAUAUUGUAUUCUUCUCCAAUAGACAAAGCCAGAAUAAAGAUUUCACUAUUAAGAAAAUGUGAAAGAUAGUCUUAUUUAAGUUGUGCUGAGAUUCCAGUGUUUUGCAUGUUACCACUGAGACAGUAUUGUCAAAAUACAACGGCUGGUGCAAUCUGUAGAUUCUUCCCUAAAAAAACGCUGGGAAGACAAGAAAAUAGAUGGAAGAAAAGCAUUCGUUCCAGACAGAAAUUAUUUUUGUCAAGGCAAAGCACUGUAAGGCGACAAAAAAUAGAUGUCCGCAUACCGAGGUUCAUUUUCAACUGAAGUCAAUAACUGUCGUUACCAUUCCUAAAUACGAUUUUUUUUUCAUUUUUUUGUCCAAACUUUGGAGAGGAAACUUAGGCCACGUUUCGCUCAGCAUGGUAUGCUUUACCGACAUAUAAUCAGGUUAUUUAUCAGUUGGAGCAGUUUACGAUGAAUCAGCUAUGUAAAACGCUAGAACAACACUGAGAAUGGGUGGAGAGCUUCACCAGCCAUACGGCAGGUACACAACAUACAACCCGUCCUGCAAAUACUACGUUUGUUUUCACACGCAUUCCAGUUACCCGAUUAAAACGACAUAUAUACAACCCUUACAUGUGCAGCAAUCCCACCCCCCAACACGAUCAUCCAAUCUACUACUACUACUACUACUACUACUACUUACAUCUCCCGACGCCUCUAUUCCAUUACCCAUGCUGACAUAACUCAAUAUCUUACGUUAACUUAUACCUGUGGCUAGUUUCCAGGGCUCUCAUGUUUCCCUCGGUCCGUCCUGAGGCCAGAUUUCUAUGUUGACUCGGGUCAACCAGGCUUUUUCUACCACUACCACAACUUGGUACUUGAUAUUUCAUAGCCAAGACGAAAUACAUGUAUAACCUAAACACCACACUUCUGAAGACCAUUUGAAGCUAUGUUUAACCACUGGAAACUGUUACAGUAUGUAACAAAACACUAGUAAAACCAGGGCUGUGGAGUCACUUCCGACUCAGACUACACAGCCCUUGAUAAAACCCGUACGCUUGUUACAUCAAGUUUGUUAAUUAAUAAAUCAGUACCAACUAGUGUUUACGGUUCUUACCAACCGAUUUACUGAUUCCUAUCUUGUACGACCUGGCUAUAUCUACUCGUGAAGAUAUGCUCAUGUUACCUGCGAUACACACAAUAUCUACAUAUUAAUAACAAUAUAAAUACUACUGACAUACAGAGCCAGUGACUAUGCACUCAGACUACUGAAUGUGGCAGGGUAAGCCAGUGAUCGUUGCUAGCGUGGUACAAAAUGCAUCAUACAGACCGUAGUUAUCCCAAGCACAGCAUAUGGCAGUGCUCGAAAUAUUACAGAUUCACCAUGGGUCCAGGGACUGGGUCUACCCCAGUCCUAACACUGUGCUGGCCAAGCAAGUUGCCGUACACAACAAACCAACAAGUUGGAGAUUUAAUUCGGUCUGUAAUGGACUACUGGACCUGCCUCGCAUAGGCCAGUAGGCCUGUUGCAUUGUUCCUUCUUUCUUACGUUCUUAUUACCACCAAAUAAAGAAUUAAUACGACCCAGGAUAAGCGAAACGGCAUCUAAUUUAUCAACAGUUCGUAAAUUACUUGUGACUUGUUCCAGUCAUGGUACUGUAUCAUCUUCCAGUUCCAGAAAACAUGAGCCAAUACAACCGUCUUGUUCCAGUAAUGGUACUGUAUCAUCUUCCAGUUCCAGAAAACACGAGCCAAUACAACCGUCUUGUUCCAGUCAUGGUACUGUAUCAUCUUCCAGUUCCAGAAGACAUGAGCCAAUACAACCGUCUUGUUCCAGUCGUGGUACUGUAUCAUCUUCCAGUUCCAGAAGACAUGAGCCAAUACAACUGUCUGAGUCGUCAAUAGUCUGUAUAAUAGUGUGUAUAAUGACACAAUUUAGGUUACUAAAGGUAACAUUUCG